AUGGCUUUCAAUAGCUCUCCCUGCACGAAUCAAUCAGAUGCCCACCUCCGCUUACUCGGCCAUGAUUCGACCUUGAUGGUGGGACAAUCGGUUUCCCUCACAUUAGGCGGCGAUUCGCUUCUGAUAGUUGACGAGCGCGCAAUGCGCAAAUCGGACCGUACAUGUUGUGGAAUGGUUCCCAAGCCUACGAACAAGGUCACACAUUCAAUUUCCCUCUAUAACAUCCUUGACACCAGCGUAUCAUCGGCCGGCCUGACUAUCACCUACGCGGAGCCCUCGGGCAACGAUGACGUCUCCGUUACCGCCCUGCAAUAUCCCAUCGCCGCUGAAGAGAAAUCCAGAGUCGAAAAAUGGACGUCCAAACUCCUGGACCUCGCGUACGGCAGUGCGCAGCGGUACAAGCGGCUCAAGGUCCUGAUCAAUCCUUUUGGAGGCAAGGGAUCUGCGGCUAAAAUGUAUCGGACAUAUGCGGAGCCCGUCUUUGCGGCUGCGCAUUGUGAACUUGACGUGCAGGAAACAACUCAUGGGGGCCAUGCCACGGAAAUCGCGGAACAGAUUGAUAUCAAUGCGUAUGAUGCCAUCGUAUGCUGUUCAGGCGACGGUCUACCAUAUGAAGUCUUCAACGGCCUUGCGAAGAAGGCAAAUGCUGGGGAAGCACUCGCAAAGCUAGCCGUUGCUAUGAUUCCAUGCGGCUCGGGGAAUGCGAUGGCCUGGAACCUCUGCGGGACGGGAAGCGUUUCCAUUGCGGCACUGACCAUCGUCAAGGGUGUGCGCAUGCCGAUGGACCUGAUGUCCGUCACUCAAGGGACCACUCGCACUCUGUCAUUCUUAUCCCAGUCCUUCGGCAUCAUCGCGGACUCAGACUUGGGCACAGAACAUAUCCGGUGGAUGGGAGCCCACCGCUUUACGUACGGCUUCCUAAUGCGUCUCAUGUCUCGAGCAGUAUACCCCUGUGAGCUUGCCAUAAAGGUGGUGCUGGAUGGCAAGACCUCUAUCAAGAAUCAUUACAACGCAUACGUUAACAACACCCCACCAAAGCGCUCGCGUGAGGACUCCGAUGUCACUGAAGGCCUUCCGAGGCUCGAGUUUGGUACCGUUCUCGACGAGCUACCGAAGGACUGGACUGUCGUGCCAGGAGAGACGAUUGGCAAUUUCUUCGCUGGAAACAUGGCGAUAGUGUCCAAGGACACCAACUUCUUCCCGGCGUCGGUGCCCAACGACGGGCUCAUGGACAUUGUCACGAUCGACGGCACUACUCCCCGUACUCGAAUUCUGAAGAUGAUGAGUGAAGUCCCUCAAGGUACAUUCUUCGAUAUGCCUGAGGUCGAUAUCCGCAAGGCCCUCGCUUUCCGACUCACCCCGCGCGAGAAAGAAGGAUACAUCAGCGUCGAUGGCGAGAAAGUACCCUUUGAAGCCUUCCAGGUCGAAAUCCACAAGGGUCUAGGUACUGUGCUCUCCAAGUCCGGGCACCUCUAUGAAGCGGCUGGCCCCAUGCCUUGA